GAUGGGGGCAGGGAAGAGGGUGCAAGCCCCACCUAGGGCGGUGGCCACAGCAGGGAAAGGGGCAGACAGAGCCAGGAGCCUGGGGAGGAAGCAGGAUGGCAGCAGGGGCAACGGCUGGAGCCUGGGUGUUGGUCCUCAGUCUGUGGGGGGCGGUAGUAGGUGGUCAAAAUGUCACAGCCCGGAUCGGCGAGCCCCUGGUGCUGAACUGUAAGGGGGCCCCCAAGAAACCACCCCAGCAGCUGGAAUGGAAACUGAACACAGGCCGGACAGAAGCUUGGAAGGUCCUGUCUCCCCAGGGAGGCCCCUGGGAUAGCGUGGCUCGUGUCCUCCCCAACGGCUCCCUCCUUCUUCCGGCUGUUGGGAUCCAGGAUGAGGGGACUUUCCGGUGCCGGGCAACGAACAGGAAUGGAAAGGAGACCAAAUCCAACUACCGAGUCCAAGUCUACCAGAUUCCUGGGAAGCCAGAAAUUGUAGAUCCUGCCUCUGAACUCAUGGCUGGAGUCCCCAGUAAGGUGGGGACUUGUGUGUCCGAGGGAGGCUACCCUGCAGGGACUCUUCGCUGGCACUUGGAUGGGAAACUCCUGGUACCUGACGGGCAGGGAGUGUCUGUGAAGGAAGAGACCUGGAGACAUCCUGAGACGGGGCUCUUCACACUGCAGUCAGAGCUGAUGGUGACCCCAGCCCGGGGAGGAGCUUCCCACCCCACCUUCUCCUGUAGCUUCAGCCCGGGCCUGCCACGGCGCCGGGCCUUGCACACAGCCCCCAUCCAGCCCAGUGUCUGGGAGCCUGAGCCUCUGGAGGAGGUCCAGUUGGUGGUGGAGCCAGAAGGUGGAGUAGUAGUUCCUGGUGGGACCGUAACCCUGACCUGUGAAGCCCCUGCCCAACCCUCACCUCAAAUCCACUGGCUGAAGGAUGGUGUGCCCCUGUCCCUUCCCCCCAGCCCUGUGCUGAUCCUCCCUGAGGUAGGGCCUCAGGACCAGGGAACCUACAGCUGUGUGGCCACCCAUCCCAGCCAUGGGACCCAGAAAAGCCCUGCUGUCAGCAUAAGCAUCAUCGAAACAGGCGAGGAGGGGCCAGCUGCAGGCUCUGUCGGCGGGUCAGGGCUGGGAACUCUAGCCCUGGCCCUAGGGAUCCUGGGAGGCCUGGGGACAGCCGCCCUGCUCAUUGGAGUCAUCAUGUGGCGAAGGCGGCGAGGCCAAGGAGAAGAGAGGAAGGCCCCAGAAAACCAAGAGGAGGAGGAGGAGCGUGCAGAGCUGAAUCAGUCCGAAGAGCCUGAGGCAGGCGAGAGCAGUACGGGAGGGCCUUGAGGGGCCCACAGACAGACCCCAUCCAUCACCUCUUCCUCUGACCCAUUCUGGCCCCAGACCAGCUAUCCCCUGUAGACUCUAUACCCUACCUUGCCAAACUUUCUUCCACAACCAGAGCUCCCCACAAACAGUGAUGAGUAAAUACCUGACACAUCUU